AUGAUCUCGAGGUCGGCUCUCUCGAAAAGCGUGCAGCACGCCGCUCGCCGGUCAGGCGCCGUGUCUCGCCGCGGCUUCGCUGCCGCCGCCGCUGCUCCCACCGGAUCGUACGAGACUGCCGACAUCAGCGGCCUCAAGGUUGCCUCCAAGGACACCCACGGCCCGACCACGACGCUGGCGGUUGUGGCCAAGGCCGGCACUCGCUACCAGCCGCUGCCCGGCCUGACGUACGGCCUGGAGCAGUACGCUUUCAAGACUACCCAGCGACGAUCUGCCCUGCGCAUCAACCGCGAGUCUGAGCUUCUCGGAGGCCAAUUGGAAGCGUCCCACACCCGUGAGGCUCUCGUCAUCCAGGCCAGCUUCCUGCGCGACGAUCUGCCCUACUUCGCCGAGCUCCUGGCCGAGGUUGUGUCCCAGACCAAGUAUACCACUCACGAGUUCCACGAGGAGAUUGAGCGAGUUCUGCCCUUUAAGAAGGCUGCCGUCAACGCCGAUGUGGCCGGCCUUGCCCUGGACAACGCCCACGCCGUCGCCUUCCACAAUGGCCUCGGUGCCGCCCUGAACCCCUCCGCCUCGACCCCCUUCCAGAAGUACGUCAACGAGGAGUACGUUUCCAGCUUCGCCGACGUUGUCUACUCCAAGCCCAACAUUGCCGUUGUCGCCGACGGCGCCGGUGCCCAGAACGUGUCCAAGUGGGUCGACCAGUUCUUCAAGACCGUUCCUGCUGCUGCCCGCAGCGGCCAGACGCUCAAGACCGAGGCCACCAAGUACUAUGGUGGUGAGCAGCGAACCAGCCACCCUGCUGGCAACGCCGUCGUGAUUGCCUUCCCCGGUUCCGACAACGCCGGCUCCAAGCCCGAGAUUGAGGUUCUGGCGACUCUCCUCGGCGGCCAGUCCACCAUCAAGUGGACCCCUGGCUUCAGCCUGCUGGCCAAGGCCACUGCUGGAACCUCUGGCCUUUCUGUCGGUGCUUCCAACCAGGCCUACUCCGACGCUGGCCUUCUGACCAUCCAGUUGUCUGGUGCUGCUGCCUCUGUCCGCAAGGCUGCUGAGGAGACGGUCAAGGCUCUCAAGGCCGUUGCUGCCGGCAACGUCAGCAAGGAGGACGUGGCCAAGGCUGUCGCCAACGCCAAGUUCAACCUUCUCGAGAAGGCCCAGACCCGUGGCGCCAGCGUCCUGCUGGCGGGUACCUCCCUUGUCCACAGCGGCAAGGUCCAGGACCUCCCUGCCCUGGCCAAGUCUCUGGACGCCGUCACUGCCGAUAAGCUGAAGACGACUGCCAAGGCUCUCCUCGACGGAAAGGCAACCGUCUCUACCGUUGGUGACCUGUUUGUGCUGCCUUAUGCUGAGGAGCUGGGUCUGCGUGUAUAG